AUGAAGACUUCAACCACCAUCCUGUACCCCAACCAGCAGGUUGCCGACUCUGUCACGGCGUAUUCCGAGUCUCGGAGUUUGGAACUGCCCAAGGAGAUUGCAGAUUACCAUGCCUGGAUAUGCGAGACCCAAGAGAAUUCCAACUACACCAUCUCGACCUUCCAAGCGAAGAGUCUUGUCUUCCUGACUCGGUUGGUGAGAGCCAAACGUGCCCUCGAGAUCGGAUGCUACCUCGGCUUCUCGGCUGCAGUCUUGUCCCACGCGGUCGGCCCUGAUGGAGCCGUGACUGGGCUCGAGUUCAGCGAGGAAUAUGUCCAAACUGCCCAAACUAAACUGGCGGGUUUGGGCAUUAAGAACGUCGAGUUCAAAGUCGGGUCCGCCAGCGACUCCCUCGAGAGUCUAGAACCCGCAGAGCCGUACGACAUAGUCUUUAUCGAUGCCGACAAAUCCGGCUACCCCAACUACCUACAGAAGAUCCUAUCCCGUUCCCAACCGGGCCAGGCUCAUCGUAUCCUGAAGCCCGGUGGACUCAUCGUCGCUGACAAUGUCCUACGGAAGGGCCUAGUGGCCGACAGAAGCAACGCUAACCCCUGGAGCAAGAUCGAGAAGGAGGACCGCGCAACGUAUUGGAAGACUACGGACCUGGAGGCGCUUGAUCAAUUCAACACGGAGCUGGCGAAGAAUGACCGGAUUGACGCCUGGCUGGUGCCCCUGUUUGACGGGGUCGCGCUGGGCAGACUUCGGGAUUAAGGGGUUUCGUGACUGGCAAUCCUGGUCGGGGUUGCUUGCUCUGCUGGCUAGAGGGCGCAGACAGAAUAGCAAUAUUGCCAAUUGAUGCAUCGGUAACAAAGGCUCGCUAUUCUCAUGUUAGAACCAAUCGGCUUUUGUUAUUCUUGUAGGCUCAAUUUGAUUGUGUCUGUUCCUGAAGAGAGCCUUGCUCAAAGUGACCUAUAACAUUGCAGACAAAGAGAGGACAAGGCUGGUGGCACCUGGCUAACACGAGGAGGCUGAGAAUUUGAUGGCAGA